CAACGGCGGGUGGUGCAUGCACGACGAGGCGGCGACGCACUACACGGACAUGGUGCACCAGAUGUCGCUGGGGCUGCGCCUCAUCCGCCGCCAGUUCGGCCAGGUGCCGCGCGUCGCCUGGCAGAUCGACCCCUUCGGCCAUUCCGCCGUGCAGGGCUACCUCAUCUCCGCCAUGGGCGGGUUUGACGCGGUGUUCUUCGCGCGCGCGGACUACGAGGACAGCGAGGCGCGGUACCGCGCGCGCACGGCGGAGUUCGUGUGGCGCGCGUCCGACACGCUUAAGGAGCGCGCGGAGUUGUUCGGCGGGCGGCUGUACGUGCACUACCUGCCGCCCGACUCGUUCCGCUACGACACCAACAACUGGGACCCGCCCGUGCAGGACGACCCUGAGCUAUAUGACUACAAUGUGCAGGAGCGCGUGGACAAGUUCGUGGAAACUGCGCUCAAACAGGCAGAGAGCUACCGUACAAACCACAUCAUGUGGACGAUGGGCGACGACUUUGCAUACAGCAACGCGGUGACGUGGUUCCGCAACAUGGACAAGCUCAUCCACUACGUCAACCGUGACGGCCGUGUGAACGCCUUCUACUCCACGCCCUCCAUCUAUGUGGACGCCAAGCACCGCGCCAACGAGUCCUGGCCCGUCAAAACGGGUGACUUCUUCCCCUAUGCGGACUGUCCGCACUGCUACUGGACGGGGUACUUCUCCUCCCGCCCCGCCUUCAAACGCUACGUGCGCCACUGCAGCGCGCUGCUCCUCGCUGCCAGGCAAGUGGAGACCCUGGUGGGGCGGAGCAGGCUGGGGAGAGGAGUGGAGGAGGCGGGUGUGGGAGUGGAGGGGCGGGAGUGGGGGGUGGAGGAGCUGGAGGAGGCGAUGGCGGUGGCGCAGCACCACGACUCGGUGAGCGGCACGGCCAAGCAGCAUGUCAACGACGACUACACCAUCAGGCUGUACCGCGGGGCCGUCAAGGUGAGCGUUGCGGGGACUGGGCUGCUUUUGACACGCCUUGAAUGUGAGCGGCACGGCAUGGCCAAGCAGCACGUCAACGACGACUACACUCUGCGGCUCUACCGCGGGGCCGUGAAGGCCUCCUCACUGCUCACACGGGCCAUUCGCUACAUGAUCUCUCGGCAGUCAGACGCUGACACGUGGCAGGCCCAGUCUCUCCUGCAGCAGAUGCCACGCUCCCGGCCCACCCGCCCUCCCACCUCGCCCCUCCUGCGAGCGCUCAAGAAACGGGGCGCAGCAGCAGCAGCAGAAGAAGCAUUACCGGUAGCAGCAGCACCGGAGAACCAAACAGGCACACGCAGGCAGGGUCUGAAGCUGGACUUUGAGCUGUGCCCGCUCGCAAACAUUUCAUUCUGCCCGCCUUCGCAAACGGAUCUUCAGGAUGGGAAAGUCCUGGUGGUAGCGGUGUACAAUCCACUGGCAUGGGCGCGCAAGGAGAUCGUCCGAUUCCCUGUGUCAACUGCUGACGUGGAAGUAAUGAAUGCCAGCGGGGCAAUUAUCCCCUCCCAAGUCCUUCCAGACACCCUCCUCCUCCCCUCCACCCGUUCCUUCCUCAUCCAAGCCUAUGCCGGACCUGAUGCCAAACCAAACGCCAGAUCUGCUGCCGGACCCGAAGCUACAGCUGGUGCCGAGCCUGGUAGUGCAGAGUCGGAGGCGCUGUCGCUGGUGUUUUGGGCAGAUGCGCCUCCCCUAGGUGUUGCCUCGUACUUCGUGCUCUAUAAAUACCCUGAAGGCAGGAAGCAGGGAGGAGUUGAGGAGGGAAUGUGGCAGGAGAUAGCAGGAGAAGAGGGUGUGGAGCAGGAGGGUAGCAUGGAAGGGAGAGUGACGGAGGGCCGGAAGGAAGAGGGGAAGGUGAUGCAGGAAGUUGAAGAGGAGGAGGAGGAUGAGAUAGUGAUUGGUGGUUGGGCGGAAGGGGAGGAGGGCGAGGGCAGUAGCAGCAACAGUGCGCUGACACUUGCUUUCUCCAGGGCUCAGGGGGGCAGGAUGACCCGCGCUGUGCUGCUGAAGCGGAGCGGGGGGCAAGCAAAGGCGGAGGAAGGGGAAGCAGCAGCAGCGGGGGCUGCAGCAGCGGCGGAUGUGGGUGUGGAGUGGGCAUGGUACAAUGCGAGUGAUGGAAAGGCGAGCAGGGAGGCAUCAGGGGCGUACAUUUUCCGCCCCGUCUCCUCCGAUCCCGUGCCCAUCACCCCGCCCAACGCCACUGCAGCGUCCAUGCGGGUGGUGCGGGGCGCACUGGUGGACGAGGUGCACCGCCAGGUGGCGCCCUGGAUCCUCGAGAUCGUGAGAGUGUACAAGGGCACCAACUAUGCAGAGCUGGAGUAUGCGGUGGGACCGGUGCCCAUAGACGAUGGCUUUGGCAAGGAGGUGGUGCUGCGCCUCUCCUCCUCGCUCGCCAGCAACGCCACCUUCUACACUGACUCCAACGGCCGCGAUUUCAUCCAGCGCAAGCGCAACUUCCGCCCCGACUGGAACCUCACCGUCACAGAGCCUGCUGCUGGCAACUACUACCCCCUGAACGCGGGCAUCUAUUUGCACGACAACAACACAGACUUCUCAGUGCUGGUGGACCGACCCAGCGGGGCGACCAGCCUCUCAGAUGGGCAGGUGGAGGUGAUGCUGCACCGCCGCCUGCUGCAUGACGACCACCGCGGCGUGGCAGAGCCGCUCAACGAGCGCGUGUGCGUGGGCGCGCAGGAGGGGGCACAGGAGGGGGCACAGGAGGGGGCACAGGAGGUGCAACAACCGCAACCGCCAACCUGCAUGGGCCUCGUGGUCUCUGGGACUCUGCGCUUUGGGCUACACCCGCAUGGGCGGAGCGAGGGGGGUGUGUUGGAAGUGGGAGGAGUGGAAGGGAGUCGAGAGGGGUUGGUGGCAGGGAAGGGGGCAGAGGAGGGAGUUGAAGCGGCUGCGGAGUGGCGGCGUGGGAAUGUUCAACGGAUAUUCUCUCCGCUGCAAGUGGCGUUUGCUGUCGAGAAUGAGGAUGACCUGGCAGCUGAGGGUGGACUGUACACGUGGCAGUUCUCUGGCACCCAGAGGAGCAAGUCUGAGGAGUCAACGGAGCCAAUGCUGUCAAUGCUGCUUGCCGGAGAAGGGAGGCGGGCAAUGAAAGAAUCUGAGGGUAGAAGAGGGGAAGACGAGGUGGAGGUGGAGGAGGAGGAAGGUUAUGAGGAGGAAGAAGAGAUGAAAGAGGGAGAGGAGGAGGACGACGAUGAUGAGGAGGAUGCAGAGGCAGUGGAUGGGGGUGAGAAGGGUGGGGAGAGGGCGAGCAAGGAGGGCGCAUACGAGCUUCCGAAGAACAUUGCCAUAAUCACACUCGAGGAGGUGCAUGAGUACAAGGUGCUGCUGCGACUCGCCCAUCUCUAUCAAGCCAAUGAGGACCCUGUUCUCUCGCAGCCUGCUCGUGUGGACCUUGACAGGCUCUUUGCCCACCAAGAGUCCAUGGCGGACCAAGAAUUGUCUAUGGCAGAGCAGGAGGCGCGCUUGAAGAAGAAAUAUGGCGGAGCGCUUCCAAAGAAAAAGGGGCUUCUUUCGAAGGGUCAUGAGAGAGCUUUUUUUGACUCAGCCGAGUGGGCAAUUCAAAAGCAAAAAGGUGGCGAAGUUAAGCCUCCAGCAGCCAAUGAGGGGGGUCUACAGCCAAAGCUAGAGCCCACCCCGCAUCAACCAUUCCCAGCGCGGAGCGGUGCAGGCUCUCCGCGGAAACCAGGGGGUAGUGUGGGCGGUGGAGGGGGCUCUGGGGGCGGCACAGGGGUGAGAAAAGGCCCACCGCCGGUUUCUGCGCCAGGGGCGGGUAGGGGAGGAGCGGGAGGGAAUGGAGGCAGCGGAGGGUCGAAAACUCGAGGUGGAGGCGGAGGAAGCGGCGGGGAUGUGCGGCCUCCUGGAGGGAAGAAGAGCAACUCGACCGGCGGUGCCAAGCCGAAGACGAACAGCGACGAUACGCCCCCAGACGCGCCGCCAGACGAUAAUUCGAAUAAUGACACUGGCAGAGUCGCCGUGUUAAAGAACGCGACGCUGCUCUUCCCCGUCAACGCGGCGGCUUUCGCCAUGUCCAUCGCCACGUUCAGAAGUGAUCAGGUGGCGCGGAUGUUCACGUACCACGCGAUCAGGGGCGCGUACAAGGCGUGGCAACUGAAAGCUUUACCCAUCAACACGCGCCUGCCCACCAUGGAAGGCUCGUUCGUCACCAAAGUGUCCAAAGUUAAUUCGUCCAAGCUCGCGUUCAAGGGGAAGGGCGAUAUACCCGUUAGAGUGGUACUACCAGACAUGUAUGAGGGCGAGGACAUGUACAUUCAUGGCACCGACUCCGUGCUAGUACCGCCUUCCGUCUGA